GAGAGUGAGAACGUCAAAGAAAGAGUAACGUCAAACGUCAGACAGUUCGUCCGCGCCUACAGCUGUGAAAAAUGUAGAGAAAUGUCAAGUGAAUAGUUUUUUUACAACAAAUACGAAAAAACAGUGGAAGUAAUGUGCAAUUUUUUAACUUAAAUUCGUUUCUUUUCCACGGUUGAAAUUGGCGAAAUAUUUCCGGCUUGAAUCAUGGACAAGAACAACGAGCAAGAAUCGCCCAAUAACGACGAAUUCAAAAUACCCGAAUCACCGAAACCCCUCGCCUUUACUGUGGACUUCGGCGACGGCAAGAGCGUGGACACCCAACGACAUAAAACUUUGGUUGAGAAGUUCCAAAAGAAACACCGCAGAGGCCAGUCCUUGUCGAAAAUCGAGGAGCCCCCGCUCAGCCUCCCCUCGAAAAAGCACCCGAACACCGGAAACCUACCGCGAAAGUCGAGUUUCCAAUCCGAGGGGUAUUUCUCAUCGGAUGAGAAAAGUGAUCGAAUCAAGAACGCCCGUAGUGCUAAACGUAGUGAACUGUCUUUACCUCUGAAAUGUGUAACAGUUGAUAAGAUGAGUCAGUCGUUUCCGAAUAGCGGCUUUUUCAACAUCACCACCCCUGAGAUCGAGUUGAAGGAUGUUUCUAGCCCGGAGCUUGACACCAUCAGCCCUUUCAGCCCCAAGGAUAAGCCACAAGUGAAAGAAGUGACCAAACCUAAUUUCUUACGACAAUUUUCGAGCCCUGAAUGCGAAACGAAGCCCAUCGAAGCCGAAGACAACUUUGUUGAGGGCACAGAGUUUGAUUUUGACAAGUCAGACACCGUUAGUGAUGCAGGUACUUACACUUUAGAUGCUGAAAAUUAUUCAGAAGAGCAGAAAGCGAGGAUGAGUAUAGAUACUGAAUUUAAAAUAGAACAGAUUUCGGUUUUAAAGAAGACAGAAGACUAUAUUAAAAGCUUGAACACGUUUAAGUUGAAAAAUGACACCGACGUCACUAAACCGGUGCCAGAGACAAACGUUAAUAACAUUGGGGAGGGUUUGCAGUCGCCAAAGUCUCCAAAAAGUAGUAAUAAAUUAGUACAACAAACACCAAAUUACAAAACCUUUAGUCAUAAAGGAAACGCGAAAAUGUUGUCGCCGAUUCUUUCGCCAACCCAGAAUUUAUCCAUCACUCAAAGUGAAGAUAAACAAAUGAAUAAUGAUAGUGAUGAUCUGGCGAAUAAAACUUUUACGAAAAUUAUGUUUCCUAGUCCGAAGGCCAAAAAUGGUAAUGGACUGGAGCAGAUGGUGGAUCAAGGGAGUGUGAUAUCUGUAACUUCAAGCGGUGCCUUUAGAACAAAGAGUGAGAAGGAAAAACCUAAUGUGAGGAAACUUAGUUUGACGAAAUCUGAAGUCCAAGUUGAGGCUUAUGUAGGGGACAAGGUGGAGGUGAGCGAGAGUACAGUUCGGAUGGUGGCCCCCGCAAGUAAAAGCAAUUUGAAAAAAUUAACAGCUAACAUAGUGAACGUACAGAGUAUUUCAACUAAAAAUGAUACCAAUGGUGUUGCUGAAGACAAAGUCGUCAGCGGAAGUAUAGUUUUGGGAAAAGUAUCAAAUUUACCUCCAACUGUUGGAGGAAUAUCUGGAAAAGUAUCGCCGACGAAAAUCCCAUCUCCUAUACAUACCAUCUCGAGGCCGAGAAGCCGGAAUAGUAUUAACUCCCUCAACGUAGAUUUAUCAGAUAGCAGUUUAGAAACCGAGUCUUACUUAAAACCAACCCAAAACUGUAUAAAUUCGUUACAACAAAGAUUGUCGUUAGAUAGUGACCCAGACAGCGAUUACGACGGCAAGUACGGUUUACAACUAAACAAUUCACCUCACUUGCUUAAGCAAAGGGCGUCGCAUAUAAGGCACAACUCACUCGACGACAAAAACAUGAAGAUUUCCAACAAACUGGAACAUUUUCAGAGUAAAAACUUGCAAGGUAUUGAUCAAACUUACAUGUUUAAUCAAUACAAUCAAACCAAGGUGAUUCAUAAAAUUCAAAAUUCGCCAAAUAACAGCCCGAUCCGACGGUCUAGCAGUUUCUCUACGAAGAACCAAAUUCCGACGAAGAACACGAACUUGGUUCAGCAGGAAUCGAACUUGCGGAAUUCGCCUAGUUUCACUAGGAGCGCGUCGAUACAAAGGUCGGCUUCUACGGCCAAUAUUAAACCGAAUUAUAUCCAGCUGAGGCGGUCGAGUAUCAGCUCGGACCAUCAGAAGAUCGACAGGAACCAGUUCGGCGACACCGAGUCUAGUUCGGAGGAAGAUUUCGAGAAGAACUUAACGAAGAAGAAAGACUUGUCGAAUUUGACGAACACGAGAUACAAUAGAGCUUUUAGUUUACGAAGAGCGAGGUUAGACGAACCGAUCGUGCCGCCGAGAUGCCCCAAUACUCCAGAAAUGCGACGGAAGUUCCAGCCGGAACACGUGAGGACGGAGAGGGCGAUUUCGGUGGACAGGAAACCACUUAAAACGAACGAAGUUCAGAGCAGGUAUUUGCUUAAUGUUACCAAGAAACCUCCAGUUGUUAACAAGGUGGAGCCAAAUAAACAUGUGCCAAAAGUUCCAAGCACGACCAAUAAAAGUGCUUCAAAUAAACCUCAAGUGUUUUCAAGGACAGAUAGUGGUAGAUUCAGUAUGAGGACAAACAAACCACCGACGACCGGAGGACAGAAGACUACGAAGAAGGACGGAAGCGGCAAAAAAUCCAGUGGACGGAGUAAUUCCUCUCUAUCAAGCAGGGAAAAGGAGUUCCAAAAUUGGAAGCGGCGAAAAAGCUACGAUCCAAUGAAAGCAGCUGCGGAAGGGAAAAAGAAAGAAAUGGCCAAAAGACAAAACAUCAUGACACAGUCAUACACUGAGGCCAAUCAGAAUCAAGACUGUGAUAGUUCCCCGUCCCAUUCCAGUUCAGUGCAUCGCUCCCAGAGCUUUCACGGUACAGCUGCUUUAGAACAGCUAAUAAGUUCAGAAGAAGAAGAAGACUUGACUCUCUCCGCUGACGAGGGUUUUAGUCCUCCAACCCCCAGCCCAUGUGAAUUGAGCCCUGCAAGGGCGAGCUUACGAAACGCUUGGAAGGAUCGUGUCCUCCAUUAGGUUACUUGCUCUGAUUUUAUAUUUUAUUUAGAGGUAAAUUAUCGUUAGGGACGACAUUCGAACGAAAUGCAUCAUGUAAAUUAUUGUAGAAUAUUCGUGAAUAUUUUGUUAUUUUUUGUAUGUAGGUAAUGUAAGAAAAAAGAAGAGGAUAAACUUUUAGAUGUCGGUGCACAAUUUCAGACUAAAAAACUAUGUACUGAAGUGGCAGUUGACACAAUAAGAGCUCAAAUUGAUCUAAUCAUAUGCCAAAUAUUUACUGUUUACAGCUGCCUAAUGUUGCAUUUAUUCGCUAACUUUCGUCACUUUGAAACAUGUUUACUGUGAUAUAUUGUUUAUAAAAUCUUAAAACUAGUUCGUGGUAAAAAUUACUUUAGUUUUAAGUAUGAAAAAUUCAGGUUGAGUGAUAAAAGCAAUAUUGCUGCAAUGAAUUAUAAAAACAUUACCUACGUACUUGAAGUCAUUUAAAUUUAUUAUAGUAUUUAUACGACCAUAUCAUCAUCCUACCUAUAUACCUGACAUCGAUUGUUUUGUUUAAUGCACACAUUUAUUAUUAUUCUACCAAACACGUUAGUUUAUAAAUAGUAUUUCAUAACUUUGUAUUAUUUAAUUACACUUUUUCAUUAGAUUUAUUAAUCUUCAGUCAUUACCUCCUUUUGCAGUUGUGCUGAAUCAACAAUGACAUAAUUAUAUCACAACCACUCUGGAAUGUUGAUCUCUCAAAAUAAAACAACGAAAGUUGAAAACAGCACAAUUGUUAAGAGGAGACUUUUCGUACUUUAAGAAUCUCUUCCAAAGUAAAGUAACCAAGAAUAGAUGUGUAAUGUUUUAUUUUGGUCGAUUCUUUUUCAUUAAUUAUAUGUUAUUUUUAUUUCAUAGUAUAUAAGUAUAGAGUAUACCCAAUUGUGAUUUUAUAAUCUGAGAUUAUUAAAUGUGCAAAUAUUUUUAUUAUUCUCUGUAGUUAAGUUGUGCAAAAUGUUAAACAAUUGCUUGUUAUUUAUAUGCUACAACUCAAGACAAAUGUAAAAAUUAUUUAUAGCUACACCACUGAGUUAAUGUGUGUUCCCUGUUACUUUUACUGAUGGUAGCUCCUUUGUAUAUGUUGCUUAUUUACAGAGAAUUUCUGCUUUAUAUAAAUAAAUUAUAAAUUAUAGAAA